CCGAACCCCGCAACUUACUACGAAUGGGCCUCAGGGGGUGCCUCACAUUCUGGCAGAGUGUGGGGCCCUGAAAAUGCGAGGGGCCGGAAGGGCCCCCGCGCGAACCGUUGCGGCGAACGUCUCGCCAGUGGCGUUUCGCGCCGCGCUAGGCGACUGUUUGGGCAGUUCUCACUAAGAGCUGCCGUGUUUGCGCAUCCUACCGACGCCGCGGGUGCCAUGGUGGGCUUCGACGGGGAAAUCACCAGCAUAGAAGCAAGCGAGUUUUCA